UUCCAGGGCUUGCCCCAGUGUAAGGAAAGCUGUGGGAAGUGUGGAGAAAGAGAGGGAGAGAAGGAGGGUUUGUGUUUCCUUGCACCACUUUCCACGAAGAAGAGCAAGGAAGCCCUGCCAGCCAGGAACGGCAGCUGAAAUUUAUUAGCAGCCUACCAAAGGAUCGUAAUUCACACCAGAUCUGGGUCCUUUGAUAAGAUUCAGUGCAUUCUUCAGGUUAUCGAUAAACCCACAUCCACACAAGUGCUCACUCGCCUUGCUUUUUAAAAACCUGAGCAAGUUGUGUGUUUUUUUUAUGUGCUAGAAGAACGCAAGGAAGAACGGUUGGACUCUGAGGCACUACGUGGCUUUUUGAAAUUGAAUAAUUUUUUUUUAUUGUUUGGUUUUUCGGGGGACGGCUGCUCUUCCAUCAGUCUCCAUCACUAGAGCCCUUCGAUAAAGACGCCGGCGCGUGUUCUUCAGAGGAGGCGGCUUUCUAGAGAAGAGUACACAGUCAGACGGACCAAAACCAAUACUUCUCGCGGUUCCAGAGCAUACAGGGAAACGCUUUCGCUUUUUAUCACUUCACUGAUAAGAGACGAGGUCUGAGUGACGAGGCCUCAGUUUACAGCACCGCCGGACCGCAAAGAACUAUCCCGCAGUUCGUCCCCAGCCAUCCCCUAGCCAUGUCCCGCUGGGGCCGGAAGACCAAGAACAGCAAAACUCCGGAGGUGAUCCGCACGGUGACCGAGGGCCUGAAGUCCCUGUACCGCAAGAAGCUGCUGCCCCUGGAGAAGUACUAUGGCUUCCACGACUUCCACUCGGCCAGCAUGGAGGACGCGGACUUUGACAACAAGCCCAUGGUGUUGGUGGUGGGACAGUACUCCACAGGAAAGACCACCUUCAUCAGGUACCUUCUGGAACAGGACUUCCCAGGGAGUCGUGUAGGGCCGGAGCCCACGACCGACUGCUUCACCGCGAUCAUGCACGGGGAGCCAGAGGGUCUGGUCCCUGGGAACGCCCUCAUCGUGGACCCCAACAAGCCCUUCCGCAAGCUGAACCCCUUUGGGAACACCUUCCUCAACCGGUUCCAGUGCGCCCACCUGCCCAAUCAGGUCCUGGAAAGCAUCAGCAUCAUCGACACGCCCGGAAUUCUGUCUGGGGCCAAGCAGAGAGUGAGCCGUGGGUAUGACUUCCCCGCCGUGCUGAGCUGGUUCGCCGAGCGAGUGGACCGCAUCAUCCUGCUGUUCGACGCCCACAAGCUGGAGAUCUCUGAUGAGUUCUCGCAGGCCAUCGGCGCCCUGCGCGGCAACGAGGACAAGCUGCGGGUAGUGCUGAACAAGGCCGACAUGGUGGGCACGCAGCAGCUGAUGAGGGUCUACGGUGCCCUCAUGUGGUCCCUGGGGAAGGUGUUCAACACGCCCGAGGUGCUGCGCGUCUACAUCGGCUCCUUCUGGUCGCAGCCGCUGAUGGUGACGGACAACCGGCGGCUGUUCGAGCUGGAGGAGGAGGACCUGUUCGCCGACAUCCAGAACCUUCCGCGCAACUCCGCCCUGCGCAAGCUCAACGACCUGGUCAAGAGGGCGCGCCUCGUCAGGGUUCACGCUCACAUCAUCAGCUAUCUGAAGCAGGAGAUGCCCUCUGUCUUCAGGAAGGACAACAAGAAGAAGAACCUCAUCUACGAGCUGCCCGUCAUCUUCUCCAAGAUCCAGCUGCAGCACAACAUCUCUCCCGGAGACUUCCCUGACUGCACCAAGAUGCAGGAGAAGCUGGCCGUUCACGAUUUCAGCAAGUUCAAGCCCCUGAAGCCCAAUAUGAUGGCGGCCCUGGAUGAGCUGCUCUCCAACGAUAUCGCCAAGCUGAUGCCUCUGCUGAAGCAGGAGGAGAUGGACGCCUGCAUCCAGGCCGGGGUCCAGGGCGGGGCCUUCUUGGGAAGCCGGGGCGGGCCCUUCCUGGAGGGGGACCCCUUCGCCAAGUCGGAUGGGGAGGAGGAAGGCAGCGACGAAGAGGACGAGGACUGGGUGGUGACCAAGGACAAGCCCAAGUACGACGAGAUCUUCUACAACCUGUCACCCAACGAGGGCAAGCUGAGCGGCACCAAGGCCAAGGACUGGAUGGUGGGCACCAAGCUGCCCAACUCGGUGCUGGGGCGGAUCUGGAAGCUGUCGGACGUGGACCGCGACGGCAUGCUGGACGACGAGGAGUUUGCCCUGGCCAGCCACCUGAUCGAGGUGAAGCUGGACGGGCACGGCCUGCCCCCGGAGCUGCCCGCCCGGCUGGUGCCCCCCUCCAAACGCCGGAACAGAGGCUCAGGCUCCGACGCGUAGACACUUCCUGUGGCCCUCCAUCAGCAUGUCCGUCAAACAGCUGGGACUGCCGUUUCAUUUUUCCCUUUAUUUGUCUCACCCGGCUUUCUCUGUCUGUCUGUCUCACGUUCUCAUUACUUGCUGUGAAUGUGCACCCAUUGCCCUUACUCUGUUCCUCUCUAGCUUUCUUCCAUUUUAUGACUUACUCCUGCAUUUCUCUGUACACUUCAAAUGUUUUAUGAAUUUUAUUACCUCCCCUUUCUGGCCCAAAGCUCUUUUUGAAUUUUCUAAAACGUGUACCUCUAAUCCAAGCAUAUAAAACCAUGUCUGCCCCACCUCUAGAAUGCACAUCCCCAAUACUUGCUUAUGUAUUACCCCUAAAUAUAAGGCAUCUAAUGCUGACACAAUUCUGGGGUUUGACAGCGGAGUUGACAAGAGUAAUAUCUAUGAUGCGUUACCUAUAAUUUUAAUCAUCCUUGUCAGAGUUGUAGCUACUUGAUAAGCAAAGACCUUGAAUCCACCCGCACACAGCCCUGUACAGUCAAUCUCUUUGUCAUUGUGUAGCCACGCAUCAUGCUCACUGCCAGACCGUAUGCUUAUUAAAAGCUCUUUGAUUAUGCAUUUGCAUUGUGGGUAUGCCUGAAAUGCCUGAAGGCGCGAAUGGUGCCUUGUGUGCACUUCUGUUCAAACACGCCUCACACUCGCUGCGUGACAACAUCACGUUUGAUAUCCACGCUUUCCUCUUUCACUCUUUGUUCAAAUAAUUUUAUUUGUGUUUCUUAUUUUAAUGUACUUGAGCUUUUUUUUUUAAGGCUUUUUUUUAAAACUGAGAAAAAGUUUAAUAUCGCGUAUAAAGAAAGUGUUGUGCACCCGCCCUGGACAUUUUAUAAAGACGGCUUAACGACGACACUGACUACUGUACACUGCCUCCUCGUCACCCCUGUUUAUCAUUAAUGCUCAAUAAAAAUGUACUGGUGCAA